ACCACAGAACAUACAAAUUGUUUUUUUAUAUUUUGUAGACUUUUAAAAAGAUUUAACUGAACACUGAACUGAUAAUAAUUUGAUCUGUGAAAUACUGCGUUAUAGUGGAUGAUUAAUGAAAAUCAAGAUUUGUGGUCUGCAGCACGAUCGCGACUAAAGAUAGUCGAUGGUUAACUGUAUCCGUGGUCUGCAGUCUGCCUUUCAGGCUAUUUACAGUUUGUGGUACUUAAGGUCUGGUCUAGACAGUGUCUACCGUUUUUAGUCUAUACAAUUACUGCCAGAACGACUGCGGUGAAUAUUGAAUAUCUAUUAUAUUUCUGUAUGGACCUAAUAGACUUAUAACUUAUGAGUUUUAUGCUGUAAUUCUGUUAUCAAGUUCAAGUGUGAAUAGUUUGCAUGCAAAUUCUUAAGAUUUGUGUCCAAUUCAACAUUUUGGCAUGAAUAAUCCAUAUUUACUUAAAAAACAAUUACAAGAGAAUGAAGAAGAGUUAUCAAAUUAUUUGCGUGAUAUGAACAUUUGGCAAGAACAAAUGAAGCGAAAAGAACAUUCACCACCGAAGCCCAAUGAAAAGAAAAAACCUAAAAUUAAUCCAUCAAAAGCUAGUAUAAACAAAAUUUCAUCAUGGGAUUACUCUGCUUGGGAUAAGUUUGAUGUCGAUGAUGCUUGCAAAGAACUAGAUACCCAAAAUGAACUCAAGAAAAACGAUAAUUUUGUUUCAAGUGAGAAUUGUUUAAAUAAUAAGUUACAAUCAAAACAGUCAGAAGGUUUAUACGAAAAAAAUUUGGGUAAUGCGUUAGUACAAAAGCAAAAAUGGGCUGAGGCAAUACUAAGGUACACAAGAGCAAUAGAAUAUUAUGAUAAAGAUCCAAUUUUUUAUGCCAAUAGAGCAUUAUGCUAUCUAAAGACAAAUGAAUUUAAACUAGCAAUUAUUGAUUGUACAUCUUCACUUGAACUAGAUAAAACAUAUGUUAAAGCAUUUCAAAGAAGAAGCGCUGCUUAUAUGGCUCUUGGAAUGUACAAUGAAGCUAAAAAAGAUAUACAAGAUGUUUUAAAAUUAGAACCAAAUAACAAACAAGCUAAAGUUGAUAUAGAAGUUGUUAAUAAUAAAAUUAAACAGGGAGAAGUUCAGAAAAUCUCUGAUAUUAAAUGUCAAAAAACCAAUGCAACUAAUAAAUUACAAAGCAAAAUAAUAAGUUCAAAAAUGUUAUGUAAAGAAGAUGACAAACCAAUACAAAAUAUAGUUAUUCCUGAGUGGCCCCAAAGAGUUGGUUGUAAACAAAUAACUUCUAUACACAAACCACCACAUUUGAGAUCAAAAAAACCUUUCAGUACACUCAAAAUCAAUGAUGUCCAAGCAGACCAAGAAGAAUUAAACAAUAUACAUUUACUUCAAACCACACUGAAAGAAAUAUGUGAAAAAAAAAAUAAAGAUCAAUCUAUAAACAAAGAAAUUAUUCCUACAAAAAAGGAUUCUGUUCAAACUAUAAAAAAACAUGCAGCUAUACCUCCUGUUCCAUUAACAUAUGUACAACUCAAACAAGAUUGGGCAUACUUACAAAAUGAUCCAAAACUAUUAUUUCAAUAUUUAAAACAAAUUCCUGGUAAGCGUUUACCAUCAAUCGUACGUAAUUCUAUGGAUAAUGAUCUAUUCGUGGAUAUUUUAAGAAUUCUACGGGCGGAAUUCGUUAAAAAUGGAUGUGAUAUAACAGAUUAUUUGAUUGGCAUUAGUGAAUUACCAAGAUUACAAAUGUUAGUUAUGUUUUGUUCUAGUAAUGAAGUAUCGUGUAUCAAGGAAUUGCUGAACUACGUUUCAAACUCUGUUUCAGAAAAUGCUUUUAAAAAUCUUAAAGAAUCUUUUGGAGUUUAAUAUUGAUUGAAAAAUAACUUUAUUUCAUACAUUUCCACAUUAUACUUACACUAUGUCACUAAAUUAUAUUACAUUAUUAUUGCAAUGAUUAAUGUUUUUUUCAUUAAUUUAAUCAUUAAAUGAAAAACAAAUAGUUAUUUGUA